CAUCAGACUCUGGCAAACCCCGAAUCAUUAUCCUCGGAACCCCGUAUUUUAUCUCCCGAUUUUCCCACUCCUUUUUGCUUUUUUGUCCAAGUAAAUUCAGUGAUGAUGAUCUCGUGGAAUUCAAACAGUCGUCAACUGCUUCAUUGAGGAAGCCAUAGAUUUUCAUCACUUCCCUCUCUCUCUUCUCUUUCGCCUUUAAAGCACCAUGAAAGAUGCUCUUUAGUGGCGUGUCUUUUCAACGGUUGGAAUCCUCACAGUGUGUUUUGAUUUCUCAGACGCAUUUUAUCAAACGCAUAGAAAGCUUGAGCUUAAGCCCUCACUUUUUUGCUUUUAAUACUCCCUCAAAACAAGCAAAACAUCAAUGGAUUAUCUUCUGAUGAUAACCCUUGUGGGUUGGUUCAUCAAAGAAGAUUAAAGGGUGUUUUUAUUUAUGUUUUUUCAUCUGAUAGUGCCUUUUGGUAAUAUAUAGCAAUGGUGGUAGCUCUGCUUCAUCACCGGCCGCAUUGGCUUCUCCUCGACGAUUCGAAUGAGACAAGACCGCGGAAUUCGUUAGUCAACGAAGCUAAUUUCGAUACCAACAAGGUGAUCAUCCUGGCAGCUUUGCUUUGUGCGCUGAUAUGUGCUCUGGGGUUGAACUCGAUCGUGCGUUGUGCAUUGCGGUGUGGCAGACGGUUUGCUCCCGAGACCCCGGAUGAGGCCGCAGCACGUCUGGCGGCAACCAGGUUGAAGAAGAGCGUGUUGCGGCAGAUCCCGGUGGCAAUUUACGGUCCCGAGAUGAAUUUGAAGGCCACUGAUUGUCCUAUUUGCCUAGGUGAAUUCAUGGAUGGUGAAAAAAUCAGGGUGUUGCCAAAAUGCAAUCAUGGUUUCCAUGUGAGGUGUAUAGACACUUGGUUGUUGUCACACUCAUCGUGUCCCACUUGCAGGCAAUCGUUGCUAGAGUCGCUAGCAACUUGUUCCGGAGCUACGCCGGUGGUGAUCGAGGCCGGAGUCCAGCAACAUGGGAAUUCAUCAGGGGGACAAGCUGAUGAGGUUCGUUGAUCCUUGUCUGAAAAUAGUUCUUCACCAAAUGAAAAAAGUUAUUUUUAAUGCUAUUUUACAUUUGUUAUGUGAGUUUUUCAUUUAUGUAUAUAUGCAUAGACACAAACUAUUGUUUGCUGGUUAAGUGCAAUGGGAAACAGAACUGGUGAUGAACUUUCUGCUG